UUUUUUAUAGACUUAAAUAAAAUUUUUAAUAAUAAUAAUAACCAAUUGCUUGUUAAGUCAUUUUUUUUAUAUACUUGAAAUUAUCUGGAAUGUUAUAAUGUGCCUUAUGGUUUAUCAUUUUUAUGUUAGUGAUAUUGAAAUCUUUUGGAGGUCCACCGUUGUGCUUGAUGCGCUGUUUUAGUGAAGCGAUUGAAGUUAGUAAAAUGAAACGAAAACAUAWUCGGAAUGUCAAUUAUUACGUGCCUUUACUUUCAGAAGUAAGGCGAGAGUCUAUUAAAAAAAUUGUUUCUUUACAAAUGUCUGGUCGAUAUUUAAGUUGUACCACUAUACUCAGAGAGGGUAAUAUUCUUAAAGAUUGGAAGAUGCUUUACAUGCCAGAAGAAAUGAACAAAUUUAAUUUAGAUGAUGUCUAUAAUUCUGUUGCUGCACUCAUGAAAGAUUUACCUGAAAGUGAUAUUUACCUAAUUGAGAACUAUAUAAAAAUGCCAAACAAUGUGAAUGUUGCUGGUGCCAAUUUAUUUUAUGUUAAACUGCAAACACUAGCAAUGUUAAUUGCUCUUAUCAACAGCACUCAUCCUGUUAAUACUCCUGUUAAUACUCCAGGCAAUACUCAAGAAUCUAUGAACAAAGUGCUACUAAUGAAGGCGCGUUUACACGCCAGACUAUUUCGAAUUAUUGUUGGUACAGAAAUCAUUUCAUCACAAGAUAUAACUGAAUUGAUGUUAAAAGGCAUCUUUCCUGAAUAUAUUACUCCUGUUGUUCCAACAAUUGAUGCUAUUUUAACUUAUAGAUCGGUUAAAGAGCCAAUUAUAAGAGAACUUAUGUCCAAUGGUCUUAUGUUAGCAAUGGCUUUUGUUGAUCUGGUAUUGAAUUCAAAUCCAAAAAGUAUGCAAGCACUUAAUGAAAGUUCUAGGAGGAAAUUAAAAACCACAAAAAAAUAUAAUUUAGAUUAAUUUUAAUGAAAAUAUAAAUGUAUUUGACCAGAGAUGUC